AUGCGCACGACCUUCAGUUUCGAAGACGACAUGGAGCUGGUCCAGCUUGCCCGCUCCUACGUCGAUAGAGGCUCCAGAGUCUCGUGGACCGACAUCGCGCACCGCAUGCGGCGCACAGGGCACACUGCCACCGCACUGCAAGGGCGCCUCCGUACGCUGAUGCGCACGUGGGGGCGCGACAUCUCCCGCUCCCCCCCCCCAGCUUCUUCACGCAAUGUUGAGCAAGCUGUCACGACCAUAUUUGCGGAUAUCCCCCGAGAGGUGAUUAUGAAUGACCAAAGCAAACCCCAUCGCAACGCCGGUGAGGUGAUGCCAGAAGGGAUAAGCGCCCUGUUAGCUGAAGUGGGUCCUCUUGACGGGCGAGAUCUGUUCUUAGACAUUGGAGCGGGGAUCGGCAACGUAGUCGCUCAAGUUGCGCUGGGGACGACUGUGUACCAAGCGAUUGGAAUUGAACUACGUGAGGACAUUCACAGCUUGGGAGCGGAAAUGAUACUACGUGAGCGUACCUCGCUCUUCCGCAAUGACGUCGCUGCUGUGCCUAUUGCGUACACUCCACCGUUCGCUGACUCAACGGUUGUCUACUGGAACAACGUGCUCUUCGACACUCCUGUUAUUGAGCACGUCAAAGACCAGCUCUGCGGAAUGACUAUGAUUCGCUUUCUAGUGAGUUGCUUGAACAUGUGUCCACGACAUCGUGAGUUUUGUCAAAGCUCUUUCUGUGCGUCAUUUACGCUGCACAAACAACUUGGUCUUCCCUGUAGCUGGAAAGCAGAGCUGCAACAAGUGUUCAUUUACAAGCCGAAGUAGUUCGUGCGUCGUGGUAAUGGUACAUGUCGAUCCGACCCAAUUUUCAUACUAUAAUCAAGUAACAUGUUCACGUU